AUCCAAAAUGUGGUCAUGAGCACAUGUAUUGAUUGCAAUUCGCAAUAAAUACAUAAUAAUUAUUUUCAUAAGAUUUAUUUUUCAAAUAACAAAUAAAUAAAUAAAUUAAGUUAACAAUAAUAUUUUACAUGGUAAACUUCAAGCCACUGAUAGCAAGUUCAAGUUCAUUGUAAUUAGUGCAUUUAUUGACAGUCCAGUCUUUGGUCAUUGUUUUGCAAUAUUACGAACGCGGACUGUCAAGUCAAUGUUGAAUUGUCAAUUUUUUGUCGUGUGUCAGUGUCGUCCGACUCACAGUCGGUCAGUGUACAACGGUUGAGCAGAACGUUCGUCCGUCGCUUGCGCACAAGCAAUUUGCAUGAAAUCGCGUUUAUUCAAUUACAAAUUAUCUUAUUACGGACGUUCGGCCCUUGUGUGUUCUGAACUGUUGUGUUGAUACUAAGAAGAUGGCUGUUCUAACGAUCUGAUUCGUAAAUUGUUAUAGAAAAAAUUGUUUUAAAGUCAACGGUCUGUGUCUGUUAUUUGCUAAGCUUACUUUUGUUUUGUUAUUAUUUUCGAAGAGCACUAAAGAAUUCUCAAAAUGAAGUCGAUAGAGAAUAAAGAAGAGGGAUCGGACGAAGAAUCGGGACUGGGAUACCAGAACACAUUGAUGUAUGGUCGCUAUCAACGCGACCUCAGCGAAGCGGCAAGAGAAGAAGCAAGGAGACUCCGUAGACUGCGCAAGAAGAGACGCAGAGACGACAAACUCCGACAAAAGGAGCUGGCGGCUACCGGGAAACCGCGACCCAGGGGGAAGUUCUUUAAAGUUUUAGGCUACAUAUGGAGACACACGUUCGCUCGUUUAGGCGAAGACUGGAUCUUUCUCGCCGUUCUCGGUAUAAUCACGGCUAUACUUAAUUUCGCUAUGGACAGAGGGAUCGCUAUCUGCAAUAAUGCUCGCAUGUGGAUGUACAAUGACCUGGCAACGUCCACGUUCAGUCAGUAUGUGGCUUGGGUGUCUCUGCCCGUAUGCCUGAUACUAUUCGCUGCUGGCUUCGUGCAUAUUGUUGCUGCACAGAGCAUAGGUUCAGGCAUACCGGAAAUGAAGACGAUUCUCCGAGGUGUCCACCUAAAAGAAUAUUUGACCUUCAGAGCACUCAUAUCCAAGCUCAUCGGUCUCACUGCCACAUUAGGAUCUGGUCUUCCACUAGGGAAAGAAGGACCGUCAGUUCACAUAGCCUCAAUGGUGGCCACACUGCUCUCCAAGCUGGUGACCACCUUCCAAGGGAUCUACAGCAACGAGUCUCGGAACAGCGAGAUGUUGGCCGCAGCUUGUGCUGUCGGCGUGGCCUCGUGCUUUGCCGCACCUGUUGGCGGCGUGCUCUUCUCCAUAGAAGUCACGACGACGUACUUCGCUGUGAGGAACUAUUGGAGGGGAUUCUUUGCGGCUUGCUGCGGGGCUAUCAUGUUCAGGCUUCUGUCGGUUUGGUCUGGCGCUAUGCCGACUAUCAAACCUCUGUUCCCAACGAACCUACCGCAGGACUUUCCUUUCGACCCCCAGGAGUUUGCCGUCUUCGUUCUUCUUGGUGUGGUGUGCGGUCUCUUAGCCUCGUUAUGGAUCUGGUUGCAUCGGCAGUACGUUUUGUUUAUGCGGAACACAAAAACCUUAAGCAACUUCUUGCAGAAGAACCGUUUCAUAUAUCCCGGCUUCAUAACUCUGGCCGUGAUGUCGAUACUGUUCCCGCCAGGCAUCGGGAAGUACAUGGCAGCAGUUCUAGGGAAUCAGGAACAGGUGCUGUCCCUUUUCGCGAACUUCACUUGGUCCGAUGAGUUGACCGCGGAACAAGCCUCAAUAGUGUCUCAUUGGAGGACACCCGAAGUUGAAUAUUGGGGGUGCCUCAUCAUCUUCUUCUUUUCUAUUUUCUUCCUGAGUAUGGUCUCUUGCACUCUGCCAGUUCCGGCGGGCAUUUUCGUGCCGGCUUUCAAAAUGGGAGCUUCGUUGGGACGGUUCACGGGCGAAGUGAUGCACUACUUCUGUCCGCUCGGCGUGGCUUAUGGAGGACACAUCCAGAAGAUUCUACCAGGAGGGUACGCGGUCGUCGGAGCCGCGGCCUUCACCGGCGCCGUCACUCACACUGUCUCCACCAUUGUCAUAGUCAGCGAAAUGACCGGGCAGGUAACUCAUCUCCUUGGCAUAAUGGCGGCGGUUUUGGCGGCAAAUGCAGUAGCGGCUCUGCUUGGACCUUCCUGCUUCGACAGUAUCAUCCUCAUCAAGAAGCUACCCUACCUGCCCGAUCUGCUUUCCUCUGCUAGUCGUAUGUAUGACAUUUGCGUGGAGGACUUCAUGGUGCGUGAGGUCAAGUACAUAUGGAACAGAAUGACCUUCCAACAACUGAAGGAUCUCUUGAAAGAGAACAAGGCCAUAAAGAGUUUCCCGCUGGUGGACAGUCCGGCGUCGAUGGUGCUGCUGGGGUCCAUCCACCGCUGGGAGCUGGUGCGCGUCAUCGAGCGGCAGGUGGGGCGCUCGCGGCGGCUGCAGGUGGCCGCGCAGUGGCACCGCCGCGCGCUGCAGGACGAGGCCCGCGCCCGCACCAGGAGACCCUCCAGAUUCGAGGUGACUCCUGCUCCGGACAUGCUACACGCGCCGGGGACCGGCAUGACGCGAGGGUCCUCGCUCACCACCAAGGACCAAGGAGGACUACUGCCAUCUCCGGGUCAGCUGUUCCGGCCGAAGUCCAUCCUGAAGAAGACGAACUCGUUCACGUUGACGCGCGGACUGGCCUCCCCGCCCCCGCAGGCGACCACCCCCUCCCCCGCGUCCUCCCCGGCGCAAGUGUACAGCACCGUCACCGGAGCCGAGACCAGGAUCCGCGCGGCCUUCGAAGCCAUCUUCAGGCGGUCGACGCUGCUGCAGGACGUGGAGGGAGGCCUCUCCGACCAGCUCACCCCCGGACUGCCGAGGAGUCCCUCCAUCAACAAGAAAGUUCAACUGCCCCGCGAGCGAGUCUGCGACAUGUCCCCCGAGGACCAGAAAGCCUGGGAGCAACUAGAGAUGGCUAAAGAAAUUGACUUCGAUCGGAUGCUUGGCAUCGCCAGGAAACGAGAUCUGCUGCCCGAGGACUCGGAGUACGAGGACGAGACGCUGUACAUCUGCCACAUCGACCCGGCGCCCUUCCAGCUGGUGGAGAGGACUUCUCUACUCAAGGUCCACUCACUGUUCUCCACGCUGGGGGUGAGCCGCGCUUACGUCACGGCCAUCGGCAGACUCAUCGGGGUCGUCGCGCUCAAAGAGCUCCGAAAAGCGAUCGAAGACGUGAACAGCGGCGUGCUGACGGUCGCCACCCGGCCCUCGCCUCCCACCACCCCGCUGCCCACCAUCAUUAAGGUGCCCUCCACGCAGCCCGCACCGCCCUCCGACAGCGAGACCGCCAAACUAACGACGUCGGAGAAGACAUAAAUUAAUAUAACGAAAUUUGAGAGCCACUGGCUGUGAAAUUGUUUGAGAAACAUUGACCCUUUUGUUGUACUAUACGUAGUACAGUGGAUAGGGGAGAAUCGGGACGCUUUUCAAUUCCAAAAAAAAUAAUUUCAGCGGUUUUUCUUAGAGUAAUACCAAUAAAAUUGAUAUUAAAAUGCUUCCGGAGGCUAAAAUUUUUAUAUACGAUGCAUUAUUAUUAUAGAUAGUUCAUUAAAAAUAUACACAAAAACUUAACAAGCUAGCUUGACCUGAUCCACCUUGGCUUUUGGGUGAAUCGGGUCACGUAUGGGAACAAUAGAGUUUUUCGUUAGGGCUGGCACUGUUUAGUUGUUAGGUAGGUACUUACCUUCGGGUAAUUAACUAUUCAAUAUCAUUAAUCAGUUACAAAACUCUGAUGACAAAAUUAAACUAUCUAAUACCCUUAAACACUAAAUAAAAGUUAUUUUCAAUUCAACAAAUUUCAAUCUCACAAAAGCGUUGUCACAACCCAGAUUUGUCCCUAUUCCCCCCAAUCUGCGGUACAGACGUUAUAUUGUAUAAAAAAGUAAUUAGUUGACUGUUUCUCGUUAAUUAACUGUAUUUAUUGCUUUAGUAUUAACGUAGUGGCUAUUUAGUUAAGCUAAAAUAAAUAUGAGUGUACAUGUGUAUAUAUAUAUAGAAGACAAUGAUUUUUGUUUAGUGAAUCUUAAAGUGCAGACUAAAAUCUGUGAUUGUUUGCGGAGGGCACCAGUGACGGUGUUGUUAACUAGAAUUUUAAUGAUAAAUCUUUUCCAGCAAAAAGAUAAAUAUUCCUUCGUAGAAAUAUACAAAUGUAGUGAUUUUUUUUAAGUCAAUUUUGUUUCUAGCCACAUUUUAAUGUUGAUUCGAGUACAACUUAUUAGUGUAUAUAAGCAAUAUACAGGCCUUUUCUGAGGAAAAAACAAAGAAAAAUCGCUCAGAAAAAAUCAUAUUGAGGGCAUUUCGUUUUAAACCCGACAUUUAUAUUUGUAUUUAAAAGUCCGUUUUCUUUAGUAUUAUUAACAUAAACAGAUCGAUUUUUUAAUCGAAGUUCAAUUAUGCUUAUACCAGUCAAAUAGCUGAAAAAGUUUUUUUUUGUUUUCAUGAUAUUUUUCCCUUAUACACAGCAUUCCCUAUUCCAAGAGCAAUCCGAUUUAAGGAUGAAAAAUGAAGAUAAUCACAAUACUACAUAUCUAAAAAGAAGUUUCACUUCUAUCACGUGCACGAAGUUGCACGGGCAUUUUUCUUUUUAAAAUCAAAUUGCAACGCCCUGUAUACAAAUCGCCAAAUUAUAAUGAAUCAAGGCUUGUGAUCGUCCAAAUCAUUCCAACUUUAUAUAUUUUAUUAGUUAAUAAGAGUGAAACACAAUUAUUAUAUACAGCGGUCAUAUAAUUAGAAACACUUCUUAUGAAUAAAAGAAGUAUAACUUCAACAUACAAAUUUUGCCCUAUUUAUUGUUUAAUUUCAAAAUAACUAUUGCCGUGAAGUAUCUCACAUAAGGUCAAGGACCCUUGGUAGUGUUUCUAAUUAUACGACCAUCACUGUAUAUUUAUGAAAUGCCAUGUAAGUAAAUUAUUUAAAAAAAAAAAACAAAAACAACACAACAAAAUAAUAAUUGCCAGAAUAAAUCCGUUGUAUAAUUAUUGUUAUAUGAAUAGUAUGUUCUUAAAUCAACAAUAACAAUAUUAAUGUAAUUAGUCAAUAGUAUUGAUUUCGCACCUUUAGAAUUGAAGAGGCAUAACUAAAAAUUUUAAGAAAAUCAGUUUUAUAUUUGGUACGACUUAUAAACAUGUAGUUAUUCUAUCAGAUAAUAAAAUUAAAGUUUUUAAAUUAAAAAUUAAAUUUAUAUUUUCCGUCUGUUUUAAAUCAAGCGCAUACUUUAAACUUUAAGGUAAGCGCUAUAAGGCUUAAAGUAUUUAAAAUGGAAACUGAAAGAAAUUACAAUUCUCUAAUAAAAUUUUUGGGGUUUAUCAAAAAAAAAAAAGAAUUUUGUAUUAAGCCACUUUAAUUCUAUAAGUACGAUUUGCUGAUCUAAGUGUGAAUACUGUAAUACAAAAAUACCUUUUAAUAAUAUUAGUCGAUACUGACCUCUGUGUCCGGGGUCACUGAACCCUACGUACAUAUCUCGAGAUACAUCUUUUAACAAUGUUCUCGCACUGUUGACACGUUAAUUAAACCUGACUUUAGAUAGUGAAACUAGUUGAUAAAUUUGUAUUUCAAGACUUAAAUGCGAACAAAAUACAUAAUAAUAUAUAAUAAAAAUAAUUUAAUUAUUCAAACAUAAUGUAAGGUAAAUGCUUUAAUCAAUACAAAUAAAUAUAAUUGCAGUCUCUGUUUGUAAUAAUAAAAUAACCACUUUUUACUAAAUGCGUAAAUAUGUACACCACAGUACAUAUACCAAAAUCUGUAUAUUUUAUUUAUUUUUGUCUGUCUGUCUGUUUGUUGCGGCUAAUGUCUGGAACGGCUGGACCGAUUUUGACGAGACUUUCACUGAUAUAUAGCUGAUGAUAUAAGGAGUAACUUAGGCUACUUUUUUAGACUAGCUUCGCUCCGCGGCGUCACCCGCGAUACGACAAUAACCGCGGGUAACAUCGCAGGACUCUGCUAUCAAUAAUAAAAUUUAAUGUUUCCGAAGCGAAGCGGGGACAGGUCGCUAGUACUGAAAUAAAUCUACGGUUUCUCUACCUAUUGUUGCCGAAAGGCGAAACUGUUAUUUUUAUAUAUUAGAAACUGUUAUUUUUGUGUUGACAACACUGAACAAUAUGGCCGAUUUGGCGUAACCAUACAACGGGAAGUUCUUAACGCGUUUCUCCCUAAGUCAGUUGCUUAUCUCGGUUUUAUAAGUUAUAAUAGGCGCUUCGUAACACACAGACUUCGAUAAAUCCGCUGAGGAAAAGAACUGCUGUCAUUUCUAUGCCAUUGAGACUGACCUCACACCCCAAGAAGCGCGGUGGAUUCAUCUGCCCAAUCACGUACAGUAGCGCAAUGGUCAACACAAAACAAAGCCAAAAGUAAAUCGUACCCGAGUACUAACAAAAUACUCCCUUAAUGUAAACGGAAUAUGAUUUAUAUUUAAUUAACGACGGAUAUAUUAAUUAUCAGUUCGUAUUUCUCGUGUCACAUACGCGGGUCGUUGACCUUGCUGAUUUCCGUGUGCCCGACUUUGGGCGGUAGCUUUAAAAAUCUUCUAUUUCGAGAUGAACUUAUAAUUAGUAUUAAGUUAUUUACGAAACGCCAUUUUAGUAUUAUGAUGUGCUUUUUUUUUUAUUGUGAUCUUGUUUUGUCGAACUAUAAACGAUAUUUUUUGUGUCGUU